AUGGAUUAUAAAGUACAAAGUGUUCAGGACAUGGAGUCUGGGCUCACCAAAGGCAAACAGUACUCGCCUACCGAUGAGAACCCCUCUUCGGAACCCCUCAUGCUGGACAAGAAGUUUUUUGACGACAAACAAAGUAUCAAGCCAUGGUUGCACUCACAGUUGGAACCCCGUGGCAUCAACAUUGUCAUCGAGCGGUCGGACGAUACCAAGAUCGUUUUCAAGUGCAAAAAUACACACACCUUCAAUACUAGCACCAGUUUCAGUACCUCAAAGGCCCAGAAAAACGGGUCCAAAGAGUCGGCUAGGAAGAACAAGACGUUGUGUCCGUUCAGGAUCCGUGCCAACUACUCGCUGAGAGCCAAGAAGUGGUCCAUCGUGGUGGUGAACGACCAACACAACCACGCACUAUACCCGGCUACCAUCUCGCGCACCGACUCGGACUCGAAACUGGGCCCCGGCUCUCGGGUGCAAAAGCCGGUGUUUUCUGCUCCUUCGAUGAAUAAACGGCCCAACUUUGGGCCUACAAACUCGCUGUUGAUGGCUGCGCAGCUGCAGCCCGUGUCGGCGCCCAAAUUCCAGUUGCCGUUGCCGACGAACUUUGGCCAAAUGCACCAGUCGCCUGCGCAUGGCGGGCUUGUGGAGUCGCUGAGCUCCAAGAGCUCGUCGUCGUCAUCGUCGCCGCAGAUGUCGUACUCGGAGAGCGACACAAGCGGGGCCAAGGACGCGAAGGCCGGCUCGGCCACGCAACAACAACAGCAACGGCUGAGCGUGCUGCACAUCGAGAUCAACAACCUGCUGCUGCACCUCAACACCUCUGCCAGUCUCUCGGACGCCAACAAGGAGGAGACGUAUUUCCGGAUCAUCUCCACGCUCAAAGACACGUUAAAGCAACCUAAUACACAUCAGUUUUCGCCAACCUCUGGAACAACAACGCCGUCGCACCCCCGCUCGCAAACCUCCCUGUACAACUAUACUACCAACAGCGAGAAGGUGCUGUUGCCGUCGCUCACCAACUCUUUGCAAGGAACGUUGCAGUCGAUCAGGUCGCCAAAUGGUGUUGUUGGUGUCAAUGGGACGUAUAAUCAGUAUUACAUAUGA